GUGUGGUGGAGCUUGGCUAGAAUGUAGAGCAACCUCAGAGAUCCAUAUGCUUUUUGCUGAGAUCCCGUCCUAUUCUUUGUCCCCGCCGCCCAUUUCCCAUCAGAUGAGACAGAAUAGGCCUCUGGUGAAGGGUCCCAGAAUGAUGGGGAAGCAGAAUGUCUGCCUUCAGCUCCCUUUUGCAAGCAUAGAAAUCACAGACAAAGAAACUUCUUUGGCAAAUUGAAGAUGUGACAAGAGUCAAGAAUUUCCUGGUGUUGUAAGAAGUUUGACAAGAAAAAAAAGGAGAGGAAGAGGAGUAUGAACAAGCAUAAUCAGAGCAGAGUGUCUGAAUUCCUCCUCUUGGGGCUGCCCAUCUGGCAAGAAGAGCAAGACAUGUACUAUGCCCUGUUCCUGGUCCUGUACCUGACCACAGUGCUGGGGAACUUGCUCAUCAUCCUGCUCAUCAGGCUGGACUCCCACCUCCACACCCCCAUGUACUUCUUCCUCAGCCACUUGGCUCUCACUGACAUCUCUUUCUCAUCAGUCACAGCUCCAAAGAUGCUCAUGAAUAUGCUGACUCAUAGCCAAUCCAUCUCUUAUGCUGGGUGUGUUUCUCAGGUAUAUUUUUUCAUAUUGUUUGCAGAUAUCGACAGCUUCCUUCUCACCUCAAUGGCCUAUGACAGGUAUGUGGCCAUCUGUCACCCCCUACACUAUACCACGAUCAUGAGCCAGAGACUCUGCUUCCUGCUAGUAAUUGUGACCUGGGUGUUAUCCAUUGCUAAUGCCCUUUUGCACACCAUCCUCUUAUCCUUUCUCUCUUUUGUUGGAGAUAACACUCUGCACCAUUUUUUCUGUGACCUCUCUGUCUUACUCAAGGUAUCCAGUUCAGACACCACCGUCAAUGACAUGGUCAUCCUCAUUGUAGGAACGAUGGUUAUAACCCUACCUUUCAUAUGUAUUUUGGUGUCUUAUGGCCAUAUUGGGGCCACUAUUCUUAGAGCUUCCUCAAUCAAGGGAAUCUGCAAAGCUUUGUCCACAUGUGGCUCUCACCUCUGUGUGGUUUCUCUCUACUAUGGAGGAAUUACUGGGAUUUACUAUUUCCCCUCAUCCAAUAAGAGUAAUGACAAGGAUGUCAUUGUGGCUGUGUUUUACAGUGUGGUCACACCCAUGGUAAAUCCCUUUAUCUAUAGUCUCAGGAAUAGGGACAUGAAAGGAGCUCUUAAAAAUCUACUCAGCAGAGGAAUAUUUUCAGCAUGAUGGGCAUUUUUCUUUUAGUGGAUAUGAGACCUUGUCAGUCACACACGUACAUCCUUUCCUGAUGAAUUCCUGUUUCCUAGUGACUCUUGAUGUGGCACACUAUUUUCAGCCCUGCAUGCAGCUUUUGUCUCUGUUUAAUUGUCUUUUAGAACCUUGUCUUGUGGAAGUACGUUAUAAACAUUCCUGUAUAUUUUCCUUUUUACAUAGUGUCUUUGUCCUACAAAUAGGUCAAAAUACUCUAACUACCACUCUACUUUUUUAUGGAAUACUUUUCUGUCUUCAUUUUAGCAAACCUUUUUUCCUUUUCAGUACAAUAAAAAGAA